AAUCCGCCCAGCAAGACCAAGACCCAAGUCAAUACAUCAUCGAAGAAGCAAGAGAGGACCUAUCGUUUGGCUGAGAUAACCUUGAGCAAAAUAUCUGGGACGAAGAUAAUGGCGAGGUUGCUCACAGCUACGGCUGUGCUCCUAGCAGCACUUGUAUGCACAACAGGCGCACGCCUGCCCCUGGCAGCCAUGGCGCCCGCACCAAUGGCAGAGGGAAUGGAGGGAAUGAAGGGCCCGGAGGCGGACCUGACUUUCAUCCUGUCCGCUGACACAGCCAGCUUCACGCCAGAUGGAAACCUGGUGCUGACAAGUCCCGCGCAGACGACGGCAUUCACAGCGAAGAAGGGCCAAUCGGGCAUCUACCCGACCUCCUAUUUCACAAGCGUGGCCCCCGGCUCCAAGUUCCUGUCUGCGGACGGCAAGUGGCUGGACAUGCCUCAGGCAGCCCUCUACGGCGCCUCUGCCCAGGGCAACAACCAGUCUGUUGUGCUGCUGACUCUGGGAAGCCCCACCUACAACGCUGAGGCAAAGACUCUGACCUUCCCCUACCAGUUCCUGGCACCGGCUGAUGCCAGCGUCAAGUACCACAGCGGCUCAGUGGAACAUGUUGUGAAGGAUGUUCAGUCUGGCAACAACAUGAAUGUGAUCGGCCAGAUCAUGCCGGGCAUGACCAUGAAUGGCGCCGCGCUGUUCAUUGACAGCAACACGAUGGCGCUUCAGCCCAAGGCUGAGACCAAGACCUGGUGGUUCCCCUGGUGGGGCGGUUAUGGCAACGGCGGCUGCUACAACUGCGGAUACAACAACGGUUACGGUUACAACAACGGUUACAACAACGGCUACUACAACAAUGGCGGCGGUUACUACAACAAUAACAACAACAACAACAACGGCUGGGGAGGAAACAACAAUAACAACAACAACAACGGCCGCCACUGAGUGAUUUGAAGCACAUAUGAGGGGUCCGAGCGGAUUUCAUUGGUGUUUUUAAAGCUGAUUUAGAUUUAGUGACAUGCAACGAAUGUGCCAACAGAACGGACCAGAUUCUCAAGAGUAGUUUUUUGGGGUGUAAUAAAUCAAGACAUCUUGCCCAUCGCAUGCAGAUUGGCAUCAUGAAAGCAAUGAUGUAUAGGACAGCAUAGGACAUGUGGUACUUCCGAAUGUAGGCAAUUUUGGACAAUUGUAAGCCAGCCUCUUGAUAUG